AUGACACACAAGCCGCGUCCCGAACUGGCGCGCAGACCGGAACCGGCCUCAGGCACCGCUCACUCCUGGGAGAUUUGGGUCCGUUCAGCCCGGGUGAAGAUCCAAGCGAUGACCACCUUCUCCUCCGGACUUGGACCCCAGCCCUGGAUCCACGCUUCCUUCUCCUUCCGCGGCGCCGGAACAGAUGAACAGAACAAGAGAGAGGAAGAAGACAGGCAGAGGAAAGAGCAAGAUCGAUCUACAAGAGAGGAGUAUGAGCGAAAGCUUCAAGACUUAGAAAAGGAAUCAAAAAAGAGCUUUGAUAGAAAACUGCAAGAGAACAAAGUCCAAAUGGAAAAGGAUCGAGAAGCCUGGGAAGAGGAGAGAGGACAGUGGUGGGAAAACCGACAGCAGCAGGACAAACGGAGACGAGAGCAGGAGCAGGAGAGACUUGAUAAACUGGAGCAAGAAUACAAAGACAAACUGGAAAAGUACAGAAUAAAGAAAGAAGCAGAAGAUCAAGACAGACUGGAGCAGAGGAAGAGGUUGCAGGAAAGACAUGAGAAACAAGUUGAGGAACUGAGGACGACGUAUGAGGAAGAAGCUCGCAAGAAGGCGGAAGAGUUCAACGACUUCAAACAGAAUGUCAUGAAGAAACAUGAGGAAGAGCAGAGUCGACAAAUCCAAGAGUUAGAGGAGAAACAGAAGCAAGAGAUGGACGAUUUGAAGAAGAAAUCUGGGGGCACUGUGACUGAGCAGGAAGAGGAGGAACUGAAAAUGAAACACGAACAGAAGAUGAAUGACAUCAAGAAUAAGAUGAUACCUGAAGAAAGUUGGUGUCCCAUUUCAUAA